CUCCCACUUCCUCAACAAUUCAACAGUCUCCUUGUUUUCUCUCCUGUAAGACAUUGUACCUUGGAUAUAUCUUCCGCUCGGCUGAGACUGUCAAUUGACGUUCCCUGUCCGUCUGCGUGGUGAACCCAGGAAACCCAGCAGGUACUCCUACUAAUAGUAAUACCCCGCGGGGUUGCGAGCUUACGCUUUGAUCGUUUUUCGAGAAAACGGAUUCGCUUUGCUAAAUUUUCUUUUUCUCUUCUUGUUUAUAUCUUCCGGUUUGUCAGCUACUUAAGCGUCUGCCAAACGCUAGACAGUCAUCUAUACAGUGCAUUGAUAGAUACACUGCUCAAGAAUCCCGACUACUGGGACCAGACCCGCAUCCAGAAUGGCAACAUCCGAAAUGAACGCCGACGCCGAGUCGGUCUACUUCAACAACUUCCCUCCUCCCAAAUCCCUACCGAAACACGAAGCCCUCGCGCGAGCCUUCAUCGACUACCAUGUGGAAGCCAACCGGCGCGUCGUGCUCGUCACGUCCGGCGGAACCACCGUGCCGCUAGAGAACCAGACCGUGCGAUUCAUCGAUAACUUCUCCGCCGGAACGCGAGGCGCUACGUCAGCGGAGUAUUUCCUGCAGGAGGGCUACGCCGUGAUCUUCCUGCACCGGCAGUUCAGUCUGCUACCGUACUCGCGACACUACAGCCACUCGACCAAUUGUUUCUUAGACUUCAUGGACGAAGCGCCCCCCUCGGAGUCUACGGGGUCGGAUCACGGCCCCGUCGUGGUGCGCAGCGAAUACCAGGACGAGAUGCGGGACGUGUUGCGGAAAUACCGGUAUGCGAAGAAGAACAACCUCCUGCUGCUGCUGCCGUUCACUACGAUCGCCGAAUACCUGUUCGAACUGCGGUCGCUGUCGCAAUUGAUGAGACCGCUGGGCCCCAACGCGCUCUUCUACCUGGCCGCGGCGGUCAGCGACUUCUUCAUCCCGCGCGAUCGCAUGUCCGAGCACAAGAUCCAAUCGUCCGAGCUGCCCCCGGAAUUCAGCAAGAAGGAGGAAGCGGUCGAUUCGUCGGAUAUCUACACGGGCGGACUCGACACCGCGGCCCCCGGCAAUAGCAAGAAACUGGUCAUUGACCUGGACCCGGUGCCGAAGUUCCUGCAUCGGUUGGUGGACGGCUGGGCCCCCGACGGUAGCAUGAUCGUGUCGUUCAAGCUAGAGACGGAUCCCAAUCUGCUGGUAUACAAGGCGCAGACGGCGCUCAAGCGGUACUCACAUCACCUGGUGAUCGGAAAUAUGCUCUCGACGCGCAAGUGGGAGGUGGUUUUCGUCACGCCCGACGCGCCGUACGAGCGAUGGAUCCGCGUGCCUAAAUCCCGACGCAGCAAGAGUAUCUCGGGCGCUGAGGACCAGGUUGGACUGGCAGAAGCCAAGCGGGCGGAGAACGUGGCGGACGGUCAUUCCGGGGACAACAGCGAGGCGCGACAGGCCGACAGCGGUCCCGAGGGAGUCGAGAUUGAGAAUCUGAUCAUCCCGGAGUUGGUCAAGUUACACACGAAGAAGAUCAACACGCAUAACAGCAAGGCAUGAGGAAGGAAGAUUGGGAGGGAGUAUAAAACGGGAUAAUAAGAAACAGUCAGGGGGGUGACUCUUCAGAGAGCGUUAAGAACAGAUGGUCUUUUAGUAUUGGCGUUUAUUCCACGAUCCUUGAGCCAUGAAAAUAGAUAUGAGAAUAAACAUGAGACCGGCAGCA